AAAGAGAAUGCCUUGAAUGCAGCAUCUGUUAAGACACCAUUUGGCGUUGCUAUUAGUAGAUGAGACAGCAGAAUCAUUUUCAAUAUUACAUCUUCCCGAAGUGGUCUGCAAACCUAACAUCUAUUUAAUGCAAACUUAGGUGGUUUUCUUGGUGACUACAAAUCCGAUAAAAACAAGAAAUAAUCUUACUGCUUUGGUGAGUGUUGUCAUUUCUUGAACACAACAAGAUGAACAUGAAUACAUAUCUACUGUUGUUCAAUGGCAUCCUGUUAGCAGUGAGCAGCAUUGCUGGUCCACUUCUGCUCCGUCUCUACUUCAUUCAUGGUGGUAAGCGAAUAUGGCUUUCGAGUUGUCUCGAGACUGCAGGCUUUCCAGUUUUAAUUUUCCCUCUAUGGCUUUCAUAUUUCCUCAGACGCCGUGGUUUCAUAAAAGGGGAUGAAGAUGAGAAACCGAAAAAGCUCUUUACAAUCACAAAACCUCUCUUCAUAGCCAGUGCUGUUAUUGGUCUCGUCACUGGGUUAGAUGAUUACUUGUACACUUACGGAGUUUCGUUAUUACCUAUAUCUACAGCUACGAUAAUAAUGUCUACUCAUUUGGCUUUCACGGCUGGGUUUGCUCUUGUUAUGGUUAAGCAGAAGUUCACUUCAUUUUCGGUGAAUGCAGUUGUGUUGUUAACUAUUGGAGCUAUACUUCUUGGUCUUCACGGUAAUGGUGAUAAACCCGUAAACGAGUCCAAGAAAGAUUAUUACUUGGGUUUCUUGAUCACGAUUGCAGCCUCUGUAUUCAACGGUUUAAUGUUACCCAUGGUGGAGUUAAUGUACAUGAAAUCAAAACAAACCAUAACUUACAGUUUGGUAAUAGAAUUGCAGAUGGUGAUAUCUGGUUUUGCGACCCUUUUCUGCACUAUUGGAAUGAUUGCCAACAAUGACUUCAAGGUGAUUCCGAGAGAAGCAAGAGAGUACGGGCUCGGGGAGAUCAAUUAUUACAUUGUGCUUGUGGCGGGCGCCAUCACUUGGCAGAUGUACUUCGUGGGAACAGUAGGAGUUAUCUUCUGUUCUACAUCUUUGCUUGCAGGUGUUAUUGCAGUUGUUGUGCUGCCCCUUACAGAGAUCCUAUCUGUCGUGUUUUACCAUGAGAGUUUCCAAGCUGAAAAGGGUAUUGCUUUAUUCCUCUCGCUCUGGGGUUUCAUCUCUUACUUUUGGGGUGAGCUCAAAGCAAGCAAGAAAGCCAAGAAGCAGAAAUCAGAAUUAGAGCAAGACUCAUCCAGCUCUCCUUAAACGAACAUGCACAUAUGAACUAUCUUCCCAGAUAUGUGCCGUUAGUUACAGUGCUGUCUUCUUUCUUUUCUGUUACAGUACUUGAUUUUUUAUCUUGUAAUUUUCUCAAAAAGCAUGAUGGUUUUUCUGAUUUGAUUGUCAA